UUUGGAACUGUCUGGGCAUUGCAAUGGGUCAAGAAGCUGGCAAACCUGCCUGGCCCAAACCAGCAGGAGGAUAUCAGACUGUUACAGGUAGACGAUAUGGAAGAAGACAUGCCUAUGUCAGUUUUAGACCAUCUUUGAAUAGCCAAGACGGAGAUGGACAUCAACACAAUGAAGACUGUGAACGAUUAGAAUUGGAAGGUGUUCAGAAGGAGAAUUCUUUAUCUUUCUGUGUAGGUUCCAGUCCAUUGGUUCAAGUUUCUUCUGGUUUAUUAGAUAAGCCUUUGCUAGGAAACAUUGGAACUGGAGAACCCAUUUGCCAAAGUGUACCAAGCCAACCUUUUGAAGUGAACGCAUCACCGUUUUCUCUAUUCUCUUAUGGUCUGGAAGGCAACCAAAUCUCAGGGAACUUUAUGGAUAGUUAUGAAAAUUCUGAGGACAUUGCAGAAUACGCGCCUGGAGGGAGUAAUGAUUUGAAUGGUCAGAAUGGAAUUGCUUUUGUAAACAUUGACUCUUAUGAGCCAGAUAGCAGUGAUGGAGAGGAAGAUGAUGCUCAAGACAAAUUUUCUUUGGCAAGAGAAGGAGCAGGUGUAUUUCAGGGAACACCAGGUAACAUGCUUUCUGAGGUAGAAAAAGGGAUAGAGUCUUUUACUGACUUACAGUCCCAAUUGUCUGCUCUUAACCACAGUGUUUCUAGAGAAUGUUGUGAAGAAGCAGGACCAGUGCCUUUGAGGUAUUUUAGCAUAGAUUCAGACUUGGCAUGUCCAAACAACAGGACAUUUAAAUCUGCUGCUGAAGAUCAAGCUAUACCAAAAAGUAACCUGAGUGAUGCCAAUUACGAAACACAGCAGAUAAAAAACAUAGUGGAUGUUGGAAUCAGAACCCCUAUAGCAAUUGCUAAUGAAUUAAAUAUCAGUGAUGGAAAGACUGACCAAGGAAAGUCAUCUGAGCUAGUAGUGAGACCUAAAAUAAGAAGACAAAAUACUGCAAACCGGUUGGAGAGAGAGAAGCUUCUCCCUGAUGAUGAUGAAGAAGAAAGUGGUUCCUGGAGGAGAAUUGAAAUUGCUGAAGUCCAACAAGGCCGUGCUGAGUGUGCCUUGAGAAACAGCAAAAAAGAUAUGAGUUCUAGUAUGUUCUUUGACUCAAGAGAGUACGAAGGUCAUCAGAAGAACACAGAAACAGACCUAAGGAAAAAUGCAGCAGCUCAAGAACAAAAAAGUCUUCUAGAUGAUAGCACUUUCUGGGAUGAAUUUGAAGACUGUAGCAGAUACUUCUCAAUGUCCCAUGAAGAUAAAGACAGCUCAGAAUGCAGUGAUGGAGAAUGGUCUACAGCUGUGCCUACCUAUUUUACUGCUACAGAAAAAGACCAGUCCUCAAGUGAUGAGAGCUGGGAGACCGUCCCAGGCAGGGAGGAAUGUGAGCCUGAAGUGCAGAGCAGCAGCAGUGAUGUAGAAGAGGAGAACACAGACUUCUGUUUCCAGGGAGGGGAACAGACAUUAUUGGAGGAAGGAGAGAUUCCUUGGUUACAGUACCGGGAAGAAGUAGAAAGUAGCAGUGAUGAGGAGAAUGAUCCAGUUAGUGAUUUUGUGCAUCCUGGAUUCUUCCUGUUGGAUGGAAAUAACAACCUUGAGGAUGACUCCAGUGUGAGUGAAGACCUGGAUGUGGAGUGGAGACUACUUGAUGAGUUUGGUGAUGGCCUAGGACUUGCUCAAGCCAUUCCUUAUGUGGAUCCUCAGUUUCUCACAUUUAUGGCACUAGAGGGACGCUUACAGCAAGCUAUGGAGACUGCUCUGGCACAUUUGGAGUCUCUUGGAUUUGAUAUUGAACAGGCCCAUCCACCAGCUACUAAAGAAACCAUAGAUUGUCUGCCACAGAUUAUCGUCACAGAUGACCAUGAUGGUGUAGGUCAAGAGCAGUGUUGUACUAUCUGUUGCAGUGAAUAUGUGAAAGAUGAAAUCAUAACAGAGCUACCCUGUCAUCAUUUGUUUCACAAACCUUGUGUAACUCUUUGGUUACAGAAGUCGGGAACAUGCCCAGUUUGUCGUCAUGUGCUUGCACCCGUGCUUCCUGAAGCAGCUGCUGCCACUGUUUCCUUUCUGUCUGAUCAUGAUUCAGCAUCUUCUGUUCACAGUGCUACAGGAGCUUCAAACUAGGGUCUGAAAUUAAAUCUUUGCCACCAAAAUAAAAAUAUAAAUUUUGCCUGUUUAAUUACAAUGUGAAAACAAUUAUGUACAAAGUAUGUAAAAUACUAUCUAUAUUAUAUAUUUUAGUUUAGAAAGAGGAUGCAAGACUUUCUAAACUCUUUAGGUUUACAAUAAUAGCUUAAAUUUUCAAACUGUAAGUUAGAUGAAUGUGCAGCCUUUUUUCUUAAAAGAAUGUUGCUGGUAACUGUAAUGUCUAAAGCUUGUAUUAUGAUAAAUUUUUCCAAAAACAUAAUUAAUGUGGCACUUUGUUCAAGUUCGUGCAGCUGCAGUGCAGUUGCAGCUUAUGAAAGUUACGCUUAUAAUCUGUUUUAUGUAAUAUAACUGAACUAUUUGUUUUUGUCAAAGUUAGUGCCACUGAGUGACUCUGUAAUUGAUAUCUCAUAUUUGCAUCAAAUGUGAAGAUCUUCUGUGAUGCCGGCAGUGGUAGAAUUUGAUUUCACUGGAAACAAAUUGCAUAAUGGAACAAUAUUUCUUACCAGUUUAUUCCAUAAUAAACUUUUUUCCUAAUGUCAGAAGUGCUAUUAAAUUGCUGCUGUCUGGUUUUGGUUUUUUGUAUAAAUGCUAGCACCGUUUUUAAGCCUGUGUCCUGAAUAAGUAUAUGAACUAUGGAACUUCAAAUGUUGAAGUUCUAACUUUCUAGGAACUUGCAUCUAUAAGAGCUGGGCAGCUGGUUCCUUCAAUUUGUGUUUAAAUUGCAUUCUACUGAUUAGGUCUCCUGCAGUCUCUCCUGCAUGUGUCCAUGCUCUCGCUCUUUUUAAGAUGUAUUUAUUUUUAUGUAUAUCAGGGUUGGAGUUGCUUUCUAAUGCAGAUAUAGUUAAAAUAUUUUUGGCUCUUGGAGUCUUAAGUCUGAAAAAGGUAGCAGAAACUUCACAUGCUUAAUUGAAAAAUACAUUUGAAUACUUGGCUAUUAGGAUAAUUGUUGUGAAGUUAUUUCAGAAAUUUAAAAAUUAGUAAUGUUUCUGAUAUUUGCACUGGUUGCAGUGGGUUAUGCUACACUUGAUAUUUUAAAGGAGAAAAGACUAGUCUCUAAAAUAUAUUUCUAUAAAUAAUACUCCAGUAUAUGCAAAAAACUUUAAGGGAUGUGGAGUUAAUCAUUACAGGACAGAAAGUUAAUAUUUGGAUGUGUAUAUGUGUACUAACGGCUGGACAAAAACUUUUCUGUGGCCAUUGGAUAGACACACAAUUCCUAAAAUUGUGCAUGGGAAUAAUAGAUGAAGGGUCUAAUCAAACCCUCCUAAAACAGUUACAGAUUUUUCCAGUAACUUUGAAAUUAAGCUGAAUUAAGCUCUUGGAAAAGUGAUUGAUUAAAAAUUAAUAAUCUUAUAGUAGCUUGCUGGCUGCUCAGUUAUGAUUAUGACUGCCAUCGUAGUAUCUCAUGUCUUUACAAAUAUUAAUAUAUUCUUUUAUUAGCAGUAGAAGAUAGUAAUAUUCAUGUUUGAGGGAUAUACUGAGUUGUGUGACAUACUUUGCAGUGUAAUUUGUGGACUGCAGCAGAAUAAAGAAUUGGUGGCGGUUGCCAUGAGUCUGCUCCUGAGGUUUUCAAUUAUGUAAUUCCAAAACUUAAAGUAUAAGGAAGCCAAAACAAUAGGAUACUGGUGAAAAGUGGCAGAUGUGUAGCUCCUUGCUGGCUUAUUUUCCUGUAUUAAAACUUUAUAUUUGCUGAAGUAGGCAUCAGUAGGAUUUGGGGAAACAUGACAAGGAACAUAUACUUCUAGGCAUACUCACCAGCAGAAUUCAUACUAAUCCAGGAAGUGCUAUAAUCUUGCACAUCUCUAUUACAAACUAGUGCUGUGGAGAGUGGUUCAUCCAUGGCUACCAGCUACCCCAGACGAUAAAACAGUAAUGCAGUCUUUAAAGCUUAUCUAAGGUGUGUAUGGGAUGUAUGUAGAUUUAAGAGAAAGUGGAAAUGAAGACAUCUGUAUUGCUUGCAGGGGAAAAAAAAACACCAGAAUGAUGGACUUAGUAGUAUCAAAAUUAUUCUUUGUUAGGGCAUUUUGUUCUUCAAUAGCUCCCCCUGCAGCAAAUGUUACAGGUAUUUUAGUCAGGCUAUACUUUUUUUACUCUCUGGAACGGCACAAUAUGUUGGCCUUCAUUUAAUCUCUUAAGCACAGUGUUUUAUAAAGAGAAUUACUCUAACUUCUGUGGCAAGAUUUGGAAAUCCUCUUGCUAGAAGCUUUUGAUUCCAGACUUAACCAGCAGUGUCAAGAGCUAAGCUAGAAGCUUUUUCCUUCUUUCGUUAUCUGUUGCUGGCCUCAGCUCUGACUUCUUCCUGUUUCUAAACAGCUGCCUAAAAGAAAAGUGUUCAUGUUCUCUUUUUUCUUUCUUUUUUUUUUUUAAUGUGAAUGUAGAGAUCUUAUUUGCAGAUCUUUCCUGGCUCCUAAUCUGAGGAAAUAGCAGAUGAAAAUUCUUUCUAAUGAGGUGUCUGAAAAAGCAUGUGCUAGGUCAUACUCAAAAG